GUGCUACAUGUAGUGCCGCCGCGCAGUGCGCAUGCACAGGAUUCUACAGGAGGCGUACAAAAGUGGAAACUAACUUUGGUUUGAUCUAGCAUUUUAGGAGUCUACAACACAAGUACAAUUACACAACGGAAUCUGACCAGGUCGUAGUAGGUUAUUGUAGAUCUACCGCCCUCCACGCAGCUGGAGCUGGAGUCGGUGCACAAUCAUAAUCAACUUCAAGAAGGUCUACUCCGUCCUUUUGACCCGCGAUCGGUGUACGUACAAGCUCUAGACUGGGGACAAUAAUGCUGUAGACUUGGCGAGCUAGCUCUGCUUCCACCAAUUAUUUGUAAACUGGGACACAACACACAGCGGCUAUGUGUCCGUCGUUGUAAAUCGGCCAGCUUCCGACAUGCUUGCGAAGCCAGAAGAAGACCAUUACUAGCAUCGUUCACGUUUUGCGGCUGUCCAUUCUGAGUGCCCCCAACCAAGGAGUCGUGUUUGCACUGAUGCACACCGCACACUCUGUGCAGCCCUGACCUGCGGAAUCAACGCCUACUACGCGGUCGCAAAGGCUGCAUACACACCUUACCCACACACUUGCACAGUGGUGUGUGUUUGUGUUGAAGAGCUGGGCCGUGCCGGCAGCUGUACGCAAACCCAGAAGAGCACCUAGCUCGGAAGCACGAUCAACGGCCAAAGCACAUGCAUUAAGGAUUGCAGCAGCAAGUGGUUGUGGGCAUCAGCUGUUGGCACCAUCCAGAGCAACACAAUCACUCUGAGAGUAACUUCUCCCAGUCCACCAUCACCAGUCCGAUCUCUAUGCUCUAGUGGUUCGUGCGUGGAGCAUGCUGCCACGUUGUACUGGUGCGUCAUCGACGUGAGUGAAUACCAGACGGCCUCUCUCAGCAAUGGCUUCAGUACUGCGCACGGCCGAUGAUGGCGGCAACACAGCCCGUCGCCAUGGCAACUCACCAGGUACAGCAACCAUGGCACCGAAUGACGAGUUAUGCAGACGGUUACUGUCCGGUUGCAGCUGGCUGAGCGGCAGUGAUGCCAUAAACACUGUUUUCUUACCUCGGCGAUUACAGUCAGAUGAUCGUUUGGAAACUGAUGAUGAGGAGGAGGAAACAGACGAUAGUGACGAUUCCACGCUUGAGCGAACCGGCGCUGCGAGGUCUGCUGCCUCGGGGAUGUUUGCAAGAAUCAACGAACAAAUCCGAACCGGCUUUGCGAGGUCUGCUGCCGUGGAAGUGUUUGCAAGAAUCAAUGAACAAAUCCUGCCUAGAAAUAUAAUUGCUAUGCUCAAGAAGUGGAAUACAUUUCGCCACGCUGACGCAAACCUGCUGAAAACAUCACUCUGUGAACUACAUGUUGAUGAUGCCAUGCCAGUUCACCUUAGUAAGCACAACACAGUGCUGGUGUUCGCAAAGCUGUCCGCCGAUGUUAUUGUUGUGAGGGCCUACCACGUGCAGCCGCCCAAGCAAGCCGUAACGACGUGUCCCAGUGGCAAGCCUCUGACUGUGGCCGUACCGCAGAGCUCACUCUGUGUUCCGCUGAAUGUCGUCACGUCCGAUACCGUUCUGAAGCAGCUGGCUGCCCUGCAACGCCACAACUUCGCUCACCUCCGGAGCAAGUCACGUGCAGCUCGUGACGACGACGACGAUGAUGUACCAUCACCUCGUUUUGUGUUUGAGUGGUUACUGGGUGUCUUAGAUGCCCUCGGCUUUGCUGACACGGUGACACAGGCGGUGACCAAGAAGAUACGUGACAGGGUGGAAUUCUCGUCGACAUCUUGCAGUGAAGGCGACGAGGUCUGGCGGCGAAGGAAUGCUGAUUGGCUGGCGUUCAAGUCUGUUCUCCACUCGACCCUGGUGUGCUGUCACGGUGUACAGAACGGUACUCUGCUCUACAAAACCGCCAUGCUCCGAUUCAUGUUCGUCUUCACUCGGCAUCCGCUGUGCCAGCAGAACAACUCUGAUGACCUCUUGCAGCAGGUCCUGUGCAAGAUCAGCCGCCGUAUUGCCAAACUGGAUGCUCUGCUUGACUCCACACCAGGGACAGAGUUCACACACCACGUCCUCGACACUCUGCAAGCCCUGACUGAAGGUGUCGAGGAGCUGAAUCGGAAAGCGCUCACCAGCUGGAGCGACGAAGUGAAGGCUCAUGAACAACAGAGGGUGGCUAGACUCUCACCAAGUUGUUGUCCAUGCGAGGAUGACACACACUUGCCACUGAAGGCAUUUGCCAGCAAGCUAGCGCUUAUGCUGGAUGGUGCGAAGAAGCUUGGUGAUGGCUCAUUUGAGUGGAGGCGAGGAUCGAUAAGACGCGAUGAAAACGGCGACCGCACCAUGCUUAGUACGCUGGAGGAGGAGGACCACUGUGUCACGCACGCCCAGGCCAACUACAUCAUCCGUGACUUUGAGAAUGACGUGUUUGACCGGUGGGAGCGCCGCCAGGAAGUGCCCAUAGACCUGGAGAAGGUGCGGUGCGACUUGAAGACGUAUCGAAACGUACUGGUCGGUACCAACAAGGCGAUAUCUCGUACCGUCUGUGACUCUCCGGAGCGUGUCAGCCGUGCACUGCUCACGGGAGCUGUUCUCGCUGCCCUGUGUGACAUGCACGUAACGGAGAUCUAUCCUGACCUGACAGAUCACCUGACAGACGUGCGUGAAGACCUCCUCGACGCCAUACUGGUGCCGGACAAGCGGCAGCUGAACAUCCUGGCACAGGUGCAGGCGUACUUCCGCAAGCGGCGGCGUAACGCCAGAUUCCGCUCGGGCCCGCUGGAGUACAACCACGCCCGGCACGAGACCUACCAGCCAUGCAGCGUGUCGCUCUCUGUACGCUUUGCACAGCAUAGCUCAGCCAUGACCACUCAGCUACAGGAGGUCGAUGCCGCUGAACAGAAGCGACAGAAGGAGCACGAGGGAGUAAUCAUGGAGCAGCUACGCAAGAUGGAAGCGGAUGAGCGACUCCUGGAAUCCAUGGAACACACGUAUACCUGGCGUAAGAACGUCCGCGGGGAACCUACCAAGGUGCAUGAUCCUGCCUGCAGAGCAUGUGAGCUGGGCGCUCACAUGGAGAAAAGAACGGAAUCGGUAUACAUAUCCAGACUUCCCACUCGACCGCACCAGCAGCGGGCGGCAAUAUUUGAAGCGUGCAUCCCUUCCAAGAUUGCCCAGUGGCGAGACACGAUCUACUACUACGAGAAUCUGAUGAUCAGACUCGUGUGCGGCCAUGAUGCUGAGCGGUUCCAGCAGAGGAGUUGUAAAUGCUGCUGGCGCAGUUUCAUCAAGCCAGGCCCAGCACUGGACCUGCAACUCUUCAUGACUUCAAGUGGACAUGACAGCCAUAGCGAUGCGUACAGCGUGUGCCUAGGCUCAACACGCGGCAUCAAGCAUCAGUCUUUGCCACUGCGCUACCAGAAAGUAGACGAUUUCGUCAAGCCGUGCACCCUCAACCAGGUGAUGUGCGUGGACGGGAUCCGCAUAGACAAAGUGGACGUAUCCUUUGAGGAUGUGCAACGCUGCUGCUCACGACGCACGGAAACUGCAUCGCUGCAAACGUUCGUGACCGGCACCAGGCACCAGCAGAGUGAAGUGAUUGCCUUGCAGUCGCAAUGCCCGGCCAGUUUCAGUCACAACGAGUUUGUUGCGUUUGGCAGCCUGCGAGCCGGCGAGAGGCUGCAGUGGCACAAUAUCUUGCGUGGCAUACACCAGCGCACACUCGUGCUGCACAACGCCGACACCUACACACUUCUACAGCAAGCGGUGUGGCAAGCAGGCAGUGCUCAGUUCGGCAGCUCUCUGCGAGCAGCUCAUCAGCCGUGCAUCGAUACCGGCUUUGUGCGCGAGAUGGUAUCCGAGCUCAAUGCCGUUCUGGACAGCGUAGCAGACAGCUGGCAACAUGAUCUCACACUGGGGUCGGUGGUACUACUCACUAACCGCAUGUACGACAUCUACCGCGACUGGGACUCCGCAGACGUCGUCCAAGUAGCUCAUCUGCAAGCCGUUCUGCAGCGCUGUCGCCACCUCGCAAUGCGCUGGAUACGCCAAGUCAAAGAAAUACUUUACGCCGAUAGUGGCGACGCACGUCAGACGGCCGCGGACAACGCUACGCUGCCGGCCAAGAUCGCCAGGAUUGCGCGGUAUGGCCUGCUGACGUACGUGCAUGCAGUCAAACUGGACGACGACGAGGAAUCCUUGCCACUCUAUAUCUGGUUGUACUUGUCGACGGUGUACUGCGAGAAUGUGGCGGAUCACCGCAAGGACAGUGUUGCAGAAUUCCUGUCCAAUAUCGUCCUGGAUCAACACGAUGAUUUUGUUCGUGUCAUUGAGAGUGGCUUGGAGGAGAGUGAUGAGUGUGGAAUGCCGUUUGAUGAGCUGGAUAGCUUUGUUGGUGAAGUGUUCGCGCCUGGAGAGGCCUGUCGCUACGAACUCCGUGCUGAGUCCAUGUUAUGGCUGAUCGUGGGCUGGAAAGUCCAGGACAUCACCGAGAGUGUAAUCGACAUCAACUUGAGGACUGGCCAGCUGUUCGUUGACGGCAAACCACAAGGAUCGCUGCCGGAUGGCAUUCGGAAGCAUAGCACGUACAAACGUCACUUCGGCUCGUCCGGCGUGCACGGUUGUGUCAAACCGUUUCCAAGUCCCCGUGGCGAGUCCGGCUACAUCACGGAGAAAACAAACGGCCGCCAGUUUGUCUUUGCUCAGGUAAAGUCGGGAACAUCCAGGACAAGGAGAAGAUUGGACUUGCGCCGCUGGUUAGAAAGGCAUGUGGCCGAGGAUUUCCACAGCGACAGUGAUGAUGAAAUCGACCCGAUGCCGCCUGUGUCAUGGAUGCACUGUGCCACUCAACUUCACGUCUACGAAAUCACCGGACGUCAGCAGCUUCAGCUCAUCCCCGCUGAUUGGUUCAAGACAAAUGACACCUAUGAUUUCCAACUGAGCUUACUAGACACGUACAGUGUGUGGCUGGAUAGGAGGGGAUUGUCUCUGCUCUUCCGACCAAUGCUGGUGAAGGAUUUCACCAAUGAUGUUCACUGUCUGGAUGUGGCCUUCGAACUAGACCUGCUCAGCCGAAAGCUCAAUCCAGCAGAUCCAUGUCCGCCGGGAAUUCCUGUCGGUGUCACCUUGCUGGACAACCAGUGUGCUCUGGCUGAACAGCUCAUCAGUGUCUUGUCUCCACUGCAGCGAGAGGAGUACAUGGAGUUGUGGCUCAAAGCCGAUCAGGACGUGCUGGUGCGCAUGCCACGACUGGGCUUGUCGUUCAACUACGCAAUCAGUGGCGGUGAGUCGCGGCUGGAGAGCGUGGAGCAUCGAGGUUGGCUGGUGGACACUGACCAAGCCAUUGGUACUCUGCUUGGCCUGCGCAACUACCUCGUGCUGACCGAAUGCAAGCAUGAACGCAGUGCGGGUGCCGAAAAGAAGCGCUGCAUCAUAGUACCACAUGGAGCAGGUAUGCGUAGAGGCAGGCAGCAUUAUCUAGACACAUCACUUGUUGUACCGGUGCUGAUCGACAGCGACGCUCUGCGGAAGCCGCCGUUCUUCCGCUAUGAGCUCAACGCCAGCUUGCGACAGCUGACGGGCCCGUUUGAUAGAGCGGCCUGGCUGUUUCUGGCUCUUCUGCAUGCGGUCACGUCGACCACAAAUCCAGACCCAUUCACCGGUCUGACGGGUCUGGAGGCGGCUCUCAAUAUCUUACAAUCCGCCCGCUGUUGGUCAUGCCAACCGUACGAUGACAGCACACGCAAACUGCUCCAAGACGUUCGCAGACUCUCACCCAAGCGCUCGCCCUAUCCCGAGAGGAACUUCAUUGGUCAAACGGUUCAGUGGCCACCAGGUCUCAGCUCAUACUCGGCAUCAGAUGCGUAUGCUAUUCAAGUUGAUCGGCUUCUGAAGCACAGCAAGCAGCUUUCGUUUCUUUUCGACUCAACGCACAGUGCCUCACAAUCUUCCGAAAAGCAAGACAGUAGAAGCGGGCAAAGUGAGAAGUGCUCGCCCGAGCUGUUUCUGUCCUGCCAAGCGUAUUCACUGCAUUGUGCAGGCUAUCCACUAAUGGCACAGCUUCAGGACCAUCCGCAGAACGUCACUUGCCCAGUGUCAGCCGCUGCCUGUUCCACCGUCGCAUCCUGCUUCCCGGCGUCAUGCAGUCAGCUGUCGCGAGUGCAGCAGGUUGCCUCGAUGAUUGCUACCAGGAGAUGUGUGCUGGAAUGUAUCCCCAGCUACGAUGUGCUGCACAAAUCGCUACUCAGUUUGGGGAAACUAUCAUCAGCAACAGCAGCAACAGCUACAGGAACAGCAGAAAUACCAAGAGCAGCAGCAGCAACAGGAACAGCAGAAACAACAAGAGCAGCAGCAGCAUCAGUGGCAACACCAAGAGCAGCAGCAUCAGGGGCAACACCAAGAGCAGCAGCAGCAUCAGUGGCAACACCAACAGCAGCAGCAUCAGCAACAGAAAUCACGGCAGCGGUCAGUUUCAUAGAUUUCUUGUCCCCUGUGCGGAUGACCAACACGGGUGCAUGUGACAGCUGGGCCCAUGUGGUAUGCGGCCACGCUGGCGACGAUGUUGAAGCGGAUGAUGAUGAUGAUGAUGAUAAUGAUGAUGAAGAAGAUGACAGCAGUGUAGCCGCACGCAACCAAGGACUGCGUCACCAGUUUAUGUAUGUGCACCAGCUCAUCAAUGACAUCCAUGCCGAGAGAGACACGGGAAAUUCUGAACGAGGACGCACUCCAGGCAGAGUUGGAGCGGCCCGGCGUCCACACACCAGCAUGACAGAGAACGAGCUCGAGCUAAUGUUGCGCUUGUCAUUCCUGGAUUAUCUGCUGAAUGGUGAUGACAAGCUCUUAGAGUCAUCUCCUGAUGUGAAUAGUGACUUGGCAAGUCCGAGUACCAACGCAGUGUUGAUCAAUACCCUCAUUGCGUUGCAUUGCGCCGGCAAAGCAGUGAUCCUCCCCGCGUCUACGUCGUUCCCCGUGAGCGCACCUGUGCUUUCACCUCGAGACUUUGUUGACAACUUCACCAAGACGAGCACAAGCGUUGAUAGCGUCACUUCUGGCAGUGCUGCAGGUAACGUGGCUGAUGCUGCACAAACUCCUCGUGCAGUAGUUACACCACAAGAAACCAAGGCAGCCAAAGAAGCAAAGGCAGCCGAAGAAGCCAAGGCAGUCCAGGAAGCUAAGAAAAUCCAAGCAAUGGUGGAGGAAGACUGCCGCCAAGGCUAUGGCAUUGUAGCUGUCGCAGUAUACGGAUAUGAGCAAGAAUCACCUGCCAUUCCCUCCAUCCGCUUUGCCAAACAUAGAGGCACGCUGCCAUUCGACAAGCCAGGGUACCAUCAGGAGUUGAUGCGCCAACUGCAGCAAAUCAACCAGCAUAACAUUCUCUGUGAGUACUUGCAUCAGAUUGCCUUAGCUCUCAGCAGACUUCCCAGGCUGACGACGAAUGCGAGGCACCGUGUCGUCACCAGCUAUACUCAUGGAACUGCAUGUCCGUCAAGUCACCCACUAUCGGUGUGCUAUAGCACCGAGCACUAUCCGGUACUUGUACGCCUUGCCUCAGCCUGGCAGUCAGAUGCACAGCGUGUGCACCAAACCAACGGUUCACUCGGACAAGUCAGCGACUCUGUUGCAGCAUCGUCGUCGAGUACUUCACCGGAUAGACUGCUGUCGUUGCAGCAUGCAAUGGAGUCGUGUUUGAACACGUCGACACACGACAACUCUGCUUGUGCUGCGUCCGCAGGCGAGGGUGACACUGUACACGAUCCCAUUGCCCGGGACACUCUGGAAGAUUUGCGAAGAAGCACCGAGGCCCUAGUGCAGAUCCAAGCCGCAAGUCCCAGGAGUUCCAACUCAAAGUCCGAAGAUGACCAAAGGUUGGAUUACUACGAUGACACGGUGCGAAGGUUGCAGUACAGUCAGCUGGAGAUCGCCGAGAGUUGGCAGCAGCUGCAAACAGCAAUGGACGAGACGUGUGGAUUAUCGUACGGUGCCAAGGCGAUGCGUGCAUCUGGACUACUUCUGCGAUGCCAUCCUCUCACCUUGUACCCAGAUCUUACCGGUCGCACUGGACAAGUCUGUCACAGCAGACCAUCCACGAUGUUUUCUGUCAAUGAGCAGUUCUCUGUGCACAUGAUGUCUUGCAUCGGAGGUCUUGCCAUGCUGCAGGUUCACAAUCAACAGCUAACACGGAUGCUAUCGUAUCUGACGUCCUCAACGGGCAACUUCGACCGCUUCCUUGCUGAGCGUCGCCAUGGAGCGCAUUUGAACUGGUCGCCAAGCCAACGCCCUGCUUGGCUGCUAUUCGAGUUGGAGAACAACAUAUGCAUUCGGCCAAAGCAGGUUAUCGUCGCUAUGGAGAUGAUGCAGCCGAGCGCGGCCGCGAAUGCGGUGAUGCAGCUAAAUAUGGGAGAGGGCAAGACCAGUAUCAUCAUGCCGAUUGUUGCCGCGGAACUUGCAGACGGCAACAGUUUGGUACGGCUUGUUUCACUGACCUCACUAUUCAACACCAGCUAUAAUCAGCUAGUCUUCAAACUGGGUGGAUUGCUAGAUCGCCGCGUCAUGUCGUUGCCAUGUCGUCGUGACAUUGCAUUAUCGGCGAAGCAGGUGGAUACGGUGCUCACCUGCUUGAAACGUUGCCAGCGCAACGGUGGUAUCUUGGCAACUGUUCGCGAGCACAUUCUCUCCAUGCAGUUGCAGUUUGUUGAGAGCUGCUGCAAGCAGGCAGUAGACGUAAGCGAGAGGCUCCGCGAGCUCCUACAGUACACGUCUGACAACGCUCGUGAUCUCCUUGACGAGGCUGAUGAAGUUCUCCACCAUCGCUUUAAGCUCGUGUACCCGAUUGGUGCGGCAGAGUAUCCAGACGGCGCUGACCUGCGCUGGAGAAUGGCCGAAGCUGUUCUGAGCAGCGUGUGCAGGCACAGUGCAGACAUCCACACCCGAUAUCCAACUGCCAUCAGCUUUGUAGCGAAGAAUCGUCACCAGUUCAGUCCCAUUCGCAUCCUGCAGUCGUCGGAUCAGGCAGAUUUCUACAGCGAGCUGUGCAGUGCUGUGCUGGAAGACCUGUUAGAUGGGCAGGUUCUUCAGGGUGUUCUUGUUGACUGUGAUAUAACCGCUGGACUCACCAGCAUGCCAGACGCCGAUAGAACGUGGCUGAAGGAAUUCAUUCUCCGUAAGAAUCUCGACGCAGAUCACAUAGGACGAUUCAAUUCAAUCACGCCUGCUGCGCUGCGGCCUGCUGUUCUCUGCCUCAGCGGCUUACUCUCCCACGAUGUUCUGCUGACGUGUCUGAAGAAACGAUACCGUGUGGAGUACGGGUUACUGGCCAGCACAGAGCAAGGAUCCAUGAUGCAGGAUCAUGGCAUUCAAACGGCCGUGCCGUUCCGCGCCAAAGACGUGGCAGCCGAGCGCACGGAGUUUGGUCAUGCGGACGUGGCCAUAUUACUGACACUGCUCAGCUAUUAUCACUACGGCCUGACGACGGAGCAGGUUUCCAUGGUGAUGCAACGUCUGUGGGCCGAUGACAGCGAGUCGAGUAACGCCGUGUACGACUCUUGGGUAGCCGCCGCAGACGUCGGUGAUGUCCCCGAUAGGAUCCGUGUGCUGAGUACAAUCAACCUGGCCGAUUACUCCUGUUUCCGACUGCACGUUUACCCAUUCCUCUCGCUCCAUUGCGACGUGAUCAACUUCUACGUCAAUCACUUCGUCUUCCCGCACCACGUCAAGGCAUUCCCGCGGAAACUCGUCGGCAAUGCUUGGGAUUUGGUACUUGGUCCACGGGGGAAACCGUUGACAGGGUUCAGCGGCACGAACGAUACUCAUCAUCUUCUGCCGGGGUCGAAUCUUCAGCAGGACCUGGCCCAGUUGCUGCACACCAACGCACACGUGUGCAAUCUGUUCCUGUCACCGGAGAAUGAUCGCUAUCGCCGACUGACAGCGUUAUGCAGUGGACGCAAAUUGCUGAGCGAACUGGAGGCCAUCUCAGACAGUAGUAGUGCGCCCAGCAUGCUCAUAGAUGCAGGGGCGUUCAUACUGGACUGCAGCAAUCUACAGGUGGCAAAGAGCUGGCUUGCACUGCGCUACGACAAGCAGGCCGCGGUCUACUUCGACGCUCGCAAUCAGCUGUGCGUGGUCGGCCGCGGAGCCUCGCACUCCAGCAGGCUGGAGCUGAGCCCGUUUGCCGACAAUCUUGGAAGCUGCUUGGUGUAUCUGGAUCACUCGCACACACGCGGCACCGACCUGCCGAUGCCCGUUGGAACGCACGCAGCAGUCACACUGGGCAGGGGGCUGAGACGGGACGAGCUGGUGCAGGCGUGCAUGCGCUUGCGGCUACUCGGUGCCGGUCACUCGCUCAGUUUCUGGGCACCACCUGAAGUGGACCUGUUAAUCAGAAAGCAGUGCAAGCUGGGCGCGGAGGACACCAUUCACAACCAGCAUGUUCUCCUUUGGUCGUUUGCCAACAGCAUAGCGACAACAAAGGAGGGCUUCUACUCAUGGGCAUGUCAGGGUCUUGCUUUUGCCCGGAACCAGUGCGCAAGAACUAGAGCUUCAACGGCUUCAAGCACAUACAGGAGUUUGGAACAGCAACAGCAGCAGCAGCAGCAGCAACAGCAGCAACAACAGCAGCAGCAGCAGCAGCAGCAGCAGCAGCAGCAGCAGCAGCAACAACAGAGACAGAAACAGAAGCAGCAGCAGCAGCAGCAGAAACAAGAGAAUCAACAGAAGCAGCAAAGUGCAGAAAUGACGAUUCUUGCACGCGAGUUCCCCAUGAGCGAAAGCACCACUCUUGAGCAGUUGUAUGGUCGAGAGCGGCGACUGCAUACUAUUCAGGAACUCAUCACCGCACAAGCCGAGCACUAUCCCGCGGAUAGUGUUGAGAAGAUCUCCAGGGAGUGUCAAAGGUUUGUUCCGGCGGUCAAGCUCUAUUCUAAUCGUUUUGAUGAGGAGCAGGAACGUGAAAUGGAGAAGGAAACCGAGUCGGAGCGCCAUCGUCAGGAACUUCCCAGUGUACUGCACCAUCAGGAGGAGUGCAGUCGCGACCUUGAGUCUCUUGUGUGUACUGGUGUUGUGCCGGCAACGCUGCCUCGGUACAUGCAGCCACUGUGGCAGUGCCUCCGUGACACCUCGUUGGCGCAGUGCGCAGAGCAUGCCGCAGUGAUUCGCAGUCGAGACCGGAGCCAGCACCUGUAUGCAACGCGAUCCUUCAGCUGCACCAUCAAGCUAGCAGCAGGGCCACCUAACACACAUGCUACUUCAGCUCUCUCCUCCAGCAGAGCAGCCAAUACCUGUGUAAUGGAUAAGUUCCUCAGGCCCGUGGAAUGGCUGCUAGUCGUGCGUAACAAAGACAAAGACGAUGACGAAUACGUUAUACUUGUUAGCCCACUAGAAGCCAAUGAGCUGUUGAAACAGCGACCGUGGGCGCUGAACGUGUCGCUACACGUUUACGCUGUGCCGCUGCAUCGCAAGCAGCGUAUCCUGAGCGAUGCGGACAUGACUGUGUUUGGAACGCCGCUCACUCGCCUGUGCCUCAACUCGGCACACCUGCAGAGCAUAUUCGCCGAGAUCCUAUGCUACAGCGGUGGUCUGUUCUUUGGUGUGGAGACGCAGGAUGUGCACGCAACGCUGGCUCACGUGUGUCGUGUUCUGGGCAUGGCAUCUACCUCAGAGCAGCACGAUAGAACCGGUGUAAAGCAAGUUGCCCGCACCGGUCAGCCAGCCACCUCGUCAACACCCGGCCAGCACAUCAGUGGUUUUGCUGGCCUUGUGAGCGCUCUGCUGCAGCUGCUGCGCACAAGAAGGAGUGUGCAUGUUGGUCACAUGGGUGCACUCGUUGUCCGAGGCACUUGGCAGGAGCUGCUGACGGACAUUGCCGGCUGAAGCACUGUGUCAGCGGCUUAGGCAGUGUCACAAGGGAGCAAAUGGCUUUUUCUUCGCGUUGGCUCUCCUACACGGCUGCUGCUGCUGCUUCAAAGCGCACGGUCUGACCAAACUGACCCGGGCACUGAUCCCCUUUAGGCAAUGCAAGACUGGCCUAUCGAUUCGUGCCGGAAUGGCAUCAGAGUAGAGUGUAAAACCCGAGACUGCUGUAUCACGGCAUGGCGUUCAGGACAUCUACAUGUGCUUUUUUUAAAAUUUAUUUACAAGUAUAUUCAUGAUCCUGGCUUGGAUACGCUCACAUUACGGUGUACAUCACCUUCAGCUCACCUGACCUUGUUUACCUUUUAGACAUUCUCCGAUAACAGAUUCCGUUUUCACGUAAUUUGCCGACGCUGCUCUUUCACUUUAAUAAUGAUAUGUGCCGUGAGUUUGAAGCUGCCUGUAAUAAUCGAUGUAUCUGCCUAUAUGGAGUGUAUGAACUAGGCCUGUAUAGAAUGUGUACUAAUUCAUACACAAUCAUAGUCACUGCGACGUUAGCCUGCCAUCACUGUACACCAGCAGUGGUAGAUACUUGAGACUUGAAUUUCACGAUUUCCUUACCAAUUACUUCUUUCAAAAUACUUCAAAGUAGAAAAUAGCAUUCUUUGUAUGAUAUACCCAUUUGUCCUUUCCGAUAUUAUUGUUACAUUUUACUAUCGGCUCGGUAUCCGAGUUUGCAUGAUAAUAUCAAUCAUUUUAUGUUCACGGCGGCGUACGGAUUCGCAGUUUCAGUCCUGGUCAAAGCUUGAUCGUUAUCGUUGUCUAUGUAGUGUCUGCCAAGCAUUGUCAUAGCAUUUGUACUCCGCGUGCUUGAAAGUCCAUGCCAUCGCUAUCAUUGUCCUUUUGGCCUACUAAUUUCCUGUGCUUGUAUUAAUGGAAUUUGUCAUGUUACUUCUAAUAACACCAUGACCUCUUUUGCUCUCAAGUUUAGAAUGGAGAGGUCUUCAAAUAUCUCUACUGUA